UAAAGGAAACAUUCAAAAUGGGAUCCUAGUACGAGUAUGGCGUGUUGUGUAAUCUGGUAAUGGAUGAAUAUCGCCAAAACUUUCUUGUCGUCCUCGCAAUUCAAAAGCCGGCCUAAACCCCUCAGUGUCUUGUUCUAAACCCACGCUUCUCAGCCGUAAAUUCUCCCAGUGUAAUCCACGAAUUUGACUCGUAUACGCGGUUCCCAAUACCCACCGACAGUUUCUUGAUUUUCCGAUGGUGGGUCGAUCCGGAUUCGAUUCUCCGACGAUUCAAUCGUAAAUUGCGUUAGCGCGGGCGGUAAAGGUCGAGUCUUUAGAAUUUAGAUUCCCAAAUGGUCAGUUUCCCAAUCUCGAUCGCGCCAUCCGUAGAUUCCACAGCCAUGCCCAAAUCCGCGAAUUCACUCGACAAAUUCCGGCAAAUCAACCGAGCCCAGAGAAAAAUUCCGGCGAAGAACCGGUCGUGUGAGAAAUCCCGGUCCGCCAUUGUUGACGUGAUGAUCUUGAUUGCAGUAAUCGGCGCCUGCGGGGUUCUUCUGUACCCAUAUUUGUCCCUUCUAGCCCAGAAAUUCGCCGAUUUUUUCGAGGCAAUCGGGGGCGCGGUAACGGAAGAGCUUCUCCGAGCUCCGAUGGUUUAUAUCUGCUUAGGCCUCAGCAUUUUCUUCGCCGGAAUAGCUCUCCUAUCCAUCACAGUCUUCACCAGCAAGCGAUGUGGGAAACCAGGGUGCAAAGGGCUUCGAAAGGCCGCUGAAUUUGAUAUAGAAUUGCAGACAGAAGACUGUGUAAAGAAUCUGAAACUCGCCGGAAAAAAUGGAGUAAAGAAGGGAUUAUUCGAGCUGCCUCGAGACCACCAUUUGGAACUGGAAUCAGAGCUAAAGAAAAUGGCGCCGCCGAAUGGGAGAGCUGUUCUGGUGUUCCGUGCUAGGUGUGGAUGUUCUGUCGGAACAAUGGAGGUUCCUGGACCUAGGAAGCCUCGAAAGCAUAUUUGGUAGACAUAAUAUGACUACAGAUUGCCCCAGCACCUCAAGCCGAGGAUAAAUCAUGGUGACUCAGCGAUUCAGUAAGUGAGAGAGAGGAUAAAUCAUGGUGACUCAGUGAUUCAGUAGGUGAACAAUAUAGGCCAUUGGAAUAAGCUUAUGAACAUGAGAUGUAUGAUUAGUUGGCUAUAGUGGAAACAUACAAGAUUCCCUUUCACUUACUAGCUUUAUUUAUUAAAAAAAAAAUAUUUCAUUUC